AUGGCGGCCACUAUGGCCAACAAAUGCCUCAGUCCUUUAACUUUACUCUCCCGGAGGCUUUCUCUUCCAGAGUUCUUUUCCCAAUGUUGUUAUCACCAGAAGGUGGUGGAUCAUUAUGAGAACCCGAGGAAUGUAGGCGUCCUGGAUAAAAACUCCAAGAGGGUCGGCACCGGUUUGGUGGGCGCUCCGGCCUGCGGAGACGUCAUGAAGCUUCAGAUUGAGGUGGACGAGGACGGGAAGAUCGUAGACGCCCGUUUCAAAACGUUUGGCUGCGGCUCUGCCAUCGCCUCCAGCUCUCUGGCCACCGAGUGGGUCAAGGGCAAAUCUGUGGACGAAGCGCUGACCAUCAGGAACACUGACAUUGCCAAAGAGCUCUGCCUGCCACCUGUCAAACUUCACUGCUCCAUGCUCGCCGAGGACGCCAUCAAGGCAGCUUUGGCCGACUAUCGAUUCAAGCAGCAAGAAGACCAGCAGGUGGCGGCACAUUCCUCCAACUGA